UCCGUGUCACUACCUAGCUCCUGCAUGCUCUGCUUGGGCGAACUAGCUAAGCUAGCUGCUACACCACACCAUGGUGAUUCCUGGUCCGUUCUUCCGUCGCUCGACUGCCCUGCAAGUUUUCUCUGUCCUGUGUGUGCUUCGAUUUGUCGUCCCAGAUCCGGAUAUAGAAUGGCCUUUAAUUCAUGGAAUACCUGCAUGCCCUCCGUUCACCUGCGGCCAUCUUAGCAAAGUCGCGUCUCCUUUCCACCGGCGAGGCUACGAGUGCGGUGUUGCAUCGUAUGAGCUGACUUGCACCGAUGACAAGGCUACAAUUCAGAUCGACAACGGAACAUACUUUGUGACAGGCAUCGACUACAGUGAUUCCACCUUCUGGGUUGUCGACGCCAACAUCUCGGAUUCACGUAACAAUUGCCCUCUUCCUCGCUGGAAACGCAUUCCUUAUUACUAUGAUGAUGUUAGUAGUGACGACGAAGAAUCAUCGCCAUACAACAUCCAAGUCGAAUUGGACCCUGCUUCACGUUGGUGGUCUUUCUUUGUCAACUGUUCCAAGGAAAUAAACAACAAUGUUAUGUACAGUCCUGUUGCUUGCAUGGGCACCAGCAGCUCCUUCGUUUAUGUCUUGACUGGCAGAUUGUCCUGUUACAUUGAAAACCUCGAGCCUUCCUGUGGUUACCUAGCCAUGACUCCUUUGGAUGGUAUGGGUCGUGUAGCACCAGCAGUUGAUAGCUUAAGUUAUGAAGACGUAGUAAAAUUCAUGAGGAAAGGAUUCCGCGUCCAAUUUCCUUUCAGACACCAUAGAAAUCGAAGCUUCAAGGAUUGCCUAAUGGAGUCGAUUCCGUGAGUUCCUGAUCUUGACAUAAUAUCUGAUUGCA